AUGUUGGGAGGGACUGGUCUCAGUGGACGCGGCGUCUUGCCCGCCGUGGCCCGGCAACGGUUGUAUGCCUUCUCUCGUUCCAGCCGAUCGAUGUCCUCAUUCCGUCCGCAGACCCUGAGAACCGCCGUCCCAUAUGGUCAAUCCAAGCCGACACUGCUUGGAACGCGCUCCUGGCGGCCUGCCACUGCGAUCACCGGAGUGGCCGCCGCUCGCUUCAAUUCCACCUCUUCGGCUCCUUCAUCGACUACUCCCUCGGUCCCGGCGGCCAGUGAAGUCUCUCUCGCACCCCAAGGAGAAGUCAACGUCAAUGAUCUGACCGCGGCUGAUAUCAAUGCGAUCCCGGAGCAGAUUGGAUAUUUGAAGCAAUUGGGCUUGGAUUUCGGUUGGGGUUUUUCGUCCAUGAUCGAAUGGAGCGUUGAGCACUUCCACAUCAUGGGUGGUCUCCCCUGGUGGGGUGCGAUUGUCGCAACCGGUCUCUUCAUUCGUCUGGGUCUUCUGUACCCUACACUUAUGGCUGCGGACACCAGUACUAAGCUCAACAACAUCAAGCACCUCACCACGCCGCUUCGGACGGAGAUGGUUCAGGCCAACUAUAAGAAUGACCUGAUGGAGGCGACACGGAAGAGGGCGGAGUUGAGCCAGCUGCACAAGGAUCACGGCAUCAAGCCCUGGAAAGCAAUGAUCCCGAUGAUUCAUAUUCCCUUCGGUUUUGGUUGUUACCGUGUCGUCAACAACAUGUGCAGUCUGCCGGUGCCCGGACUGACCACGGAACACGUUGGCUGGCUUCAGGACCUUACUGUUUCCGAUCCCUACUACAUUCUUCCUUUGAUUGGAUCAGUUAUCCUACAUCACACUCUCAAGAAAGGAGGAGAGACCGGUAUGAACCAAAUGAAAGACUCCGCUUUCAAGAACAUUUUCCUCUACGGCAUGCCUGCGAUUUCGUUCCUGUUCAUGGCCAAUUUCCCUGGUGCCCUUCAACUCUACUUCAUGACCACCAGUGUGUUCGCUCUGGGGCAAACGUACUUGCUUAGCUCGUCCACUUUCCGGAGGAUGGCCGGUAUCACCUUAGUGGAUCACAACGUCCCGAAGCCCGACGAACAGCAAAAAAACGAUAACCAUGGCCUCCGCUUGAUCAACGAAGUACCUGACAAGGAGGCCGCCCAGAAGGCUGCUGAGGAGGCGGAACGCGAGAGGUUGAGUCUCAUUGACCGUACCAUCGGACAAGUCAAGGAGACUGGGUCGAAGCUCAAGGAUGAGAUGCAGAAGAAGGUUGAGGAGUACCGGGGCAGUGGUCCCACCAAGAACGCGGAUGGAACUGUUUCCGCGGGCCCCCGACUCAGCGAGAAGGACCGCAAGCUGGCGGAGGACUACGAGAGACGGCGUGCUGAGGAGGAGGCAUGGAAGCGCGAGGAGCGGAACCAUGCCCGUCGCGAGGCUCAUCUGAGGGCCAUGGAGCUGCAGCGCCAGAGGGCCGCGCAGGCAAGCCGGCAAUAA